CGAGUACAGACCAUUAGUCGUGUGUGAACAUUUGAGCAGUUGUUAAGACAAUUUGUCAGUGGCAGCAGGUGUGAAACAUUUGAACUGCUGUUACGACAGUUUGUCAGCGUCACAGGUGUGAAACAUUUCAGAUAUUGCAGGUUCAAAGGUGAAUAUUCUUACAGUGAUACAGGUGGGUGUUUUUACUUUGGCACGGGUGAGCGUUGCAGCAGUGGUACAGGUGAAUAUUAUUACAGGGGUACACACAGGUGAGUGUUCCAAUAGUGGUAAUGUGAAUGUUUUACGUGGGUGUAGGUGAGUGUUCCAACAGUGGUACAGGUGAAUGUUAUUACAGGAGUACAGGUGAGUGUUCCAACAGUGGUACAGGUGAGUGUCACAACAGUGGUACGGGUGAAUUUUUAGACAGACAAUGUAGAAGCUUUUUUUAAAAAAAAGUGUGUGUUGGGGGUGGGGUUGCUACACCAUGAUUUUACCCCACGGAGUGACACCAAGCCACGUGACACAGCUGGACUAAUCACAAGAUUCGAACAUUAAUUAAGUUCCAAAAUUACCUACGAUAAUUUAACAUAUGUUCAGAAACGUGCAGUAACAAAAAUGAAAAUAAGUUCCAGAUUUUACGAUUGACUGAUUUCGUUUUUUCCCAUUUCUAAAGUUUCUCACGAUCACAUGCUCUGUUGCAGUAAACCCAUAGCAUGGCUGAUCUAGUUCCCAAUGAACAACAGAAGCUUCGCAGCGUCUUCCUGGGCAAGUCAGGGCUGAGGGUCUCCAACAUCUGCCUAGGGGCGAUGACCUUUGGGGAGUCGAGUGUGAGUGACUGCCCCUGGCAAUCUUGUCUGAGUUAAAUGUUUAACUUUUCUGAUAUUUUAUAUGAACAGAUCGGAGAUUUGUUAAUUGCCUGUUAUAUGUUAAACUGUCGGUGAUGAGUUAAGGUCUUCUUCACAAAAAGGGAUGGGGGAGGGAGGAAGAUGCCGCUAUCCAUCUGAGUUUAGGCUGGGCUGGGGAUGGGGCUGGAUAAAAAUCCCACUCAGUUUGUCUAUUUUGUUUUCUUUCUAUUUUCAUCUCAUUUACAAAAAAAGAAAAUCAUUAAAAAAAAAUAUCGAGCAUUUGUAUUUGUUUCCUUAUCAUUACUCCAUAUUUUUUAUUUGUACUUUUUUUUUUUUGGUGGGGGGGGGGUGGCACACGAUGGGGGGGGCGGGGGGGUUGAAACAUAUUUUUUUAAUUACCGAAAAAAAGUAUAUUUUAAUUUUUUGGCUUAUAUCAGGUAUAAAAAAAUAUCGAGCAUUUGUAUUUGUUUCCUUAUCAUUACUCCAUAUUUUUUAUUUGUACUUUUUUUUUCUUGGUGGGGGGGGGGUGGCACACGUUGGGGGGCGCGAGGGGGUUGAAACAUAUUUUUUUAAUGACAGAAAAAAAGUAUAUUUUAAUUUUUUGGCUUAUAUCAGGUAUAAAACCCAAACGUCUAGUAUGUGACGACACAUGCUUUGGACCAAACAACCAUCCAGAUGAAUUUUAAGAAUAAAAACAUAAAUAAAAAUCAUAGGUCUACUCAAAAUCCUUGUUUGAAUGAUCACUGGAUUUGAUCAUGUGAUGAGCUAAACAUUUUAGGAAUCAUUUUAAAGUCCUUGUCAUCGUUCAUUGUCGCCAUUAUCAUUAAAUUAGCUAUAGUUAUAGCCUCUCCCCGAAAAUUGGUGACCGCCAUGCGCGAACGUACCAUCUGCUACUCAAGUAACGUGCUUUAUAAGAACCCCAAUUAGAGCUUCCCCCCCCCCCUCCCGGUAUGCCACUGCCCCUGAACUAUAUUCUAAUGUCUAACUCCCUAACUCCCUUUAAUACCGCAUAUUUAUUACACAAUAAAUAGUUAUAGCCCGACAUACAAUGGCGACGACAAUGCGCGAACGUCCCAAUCUACUAAAGUUACUUGACACAACAUGAACUCAAGUAACGUGCUUUAUAAGAACCCCAAUUAGUUGUGCCACCACCCCUCUUUUUUCAGGUUCCUAAACCGCAGACUUUUUCAAGCACCUGAACUUUAUUAAUACUCAAAUGUCCCGUCCCCUUUUAUACAGCAAAUGUAUAACACCAUAAUUAAAUUGAGACUAUUUACUUAAAACAAAAGGAAAUAUUACGCAUCAAACGCAUCUACUGUAUUGUUCAGAAUCUUAUUUAGCGCAGUUAUCGGGAAUUUUAUAUAGUGAAUCAGCGCCAUGUGGUAGCGUUAGGAACAGUGUUACUAAAGAAUAUUUUAUGAUGCAAUAAAUAGUGAAAAUUUGAUUUAAAAUUUUAAAAAAGUUGCAUUACUAAAGUGAUAGUAAACUCCCGAAUUAAAAAAAACAACAACAACUAAUACCAUGACUGACACGACCAACACACAGAAUUUAAGAAUCUGUGGUGUGGGUGGGGGAGGAGGUCUUUGGCUUCCCCCACUCAAAAAGGGCGGGGGGGGUGAUUGUGUUAAAUAGAUGCCCCGAGUUUAAUUGUAGGUUUUAUGUUUAAUUGUUUUUUAAGAGAAGAUACAUUUCAAGUCUCUUCUCUCUUCGUCUCACCUUCUGCAUCCACCCGCUCUCUCUCCCCCCUCUCGCACUAGCUUCCAGGUGCUUUGAAAGCACCCCCUACACACACACAGCAACAAGAAAAUAAAAAAAAAAAACACACGAAAAAAAUAUGAAAAAAGUAGGAUCAUUAAUAAUGAUAUUAAUGAAUUAUAUAUAGAUUCAUAUGUGAAAGCAUCUCGUAGAGACCGACCGAAAGUGAUUUCCGAAAGUUAAAAACGACUUUCUGUCGAAACCACAGCCGAAACCGAAAUAUCUAGAUAUUUUGAAAGUCGAAAACUGAAGGGUGGAAAAUAUCAAUAUUUACAUAAUUUUUCUUACAAAAUGAGAUUAUCGUGAAUAUUAACAAACAUCUAUUGAAUACUUUGGCUUUUACUAUUUUAAUUUAAAAGUAAUUUACAUUUCUUAAAAAUGUUUUUUUUUUAAAAUUAGUAUAAAGGGAGGGAAGCAAAAUUCAUGCAUUUAUAAUAGGACAACCUAGUACAUAAACCUGAUAAUACCUACAAUAAUUUUUGUGGCUCAAAUAGAGCCUAUAGCCGCCUUAACAUCUGUUAUUAAGGCUAUAAAAAUAUCACCACAAUGUUUCGCGGUUAUCGUCAUGCUAGUGCUUUGUGUUUUCAUACAUGGCUGGCAAGAUAUCGCUGUAGUAAUAUUUAGUCUAGUACCAUCACAUUAGCCUUUCCGUGGUGGUGACGUAAUUGUUUCGUUCGGCGACUAACCUCCCACAUCCCUAUGGGGGGGGGGGAUUUUUAUUUUUAAUCCGGGUCUCUUAAAAUUGUUGUUGUGACGGGUCUCGACGGAGAAUCGAAAAGACAUCUAAAUUGGUAGCCAAAAUCAUAAAAGUUAACAGGUCUGCAGUAGGCUUACUACAUAAUUAUUACACGAACCCGUGAUACAUGUACAUACAUGUUAUUUUGUCAAUAAUAAUGUUUAUCAGCAUGAUAAUGAUGAAUUUAAAGAAAUGAAAAAUUUGAAAAAGCAUACGUUUCCUUAAUUUAAAUUUAAAAAAAAGAAAACAAAAAUAAUAAUGGAAAUAUUAUCAUAUUCCCUAGGAUUAUUCAAUAUUAUUUACCUUUGCCUAUGACAACACUUUCGGCUAGAUGGCCAGAUGACCGAAAGUCUCAAUCAGUUUCGGCCGAAACCAAAAUUAAACCGAAAGCCACCCUUUCUAUUUCGACAUAAACCGAAAUUAAACCGAAAGUUUACUUGUCUAUUUCGGCCAAAACCGAAACUGCGCUGAAAGUUGUCAUUUGAACACUUUCGGCGUAGUUUCGGUGUUCAAAUGACAACUUUCAGCGCCAAAAUCGAAGCCGAAAUUCGGUCGGUCUCUAAUUAAUGGAGUAAAUUUGCGAAAACGUUUUAAAACUGUAUGCUCUGUUUAGUUAGCAGAUAUAUCAAGAAUAGAUCAGAUACUGACUGAAAUAUUGUAUAUGGGUCUUAAACUUCACUAAAAAAAAAAAAAGUGGUGGUACUUUCCCCCCGUAGUGAGUAGCCUCGACUUUCAGAUUUGCCCAUACAAAUCCACCCCUAAUGUCAUGUUUCCAGUGGGGCGUGCCGGGCCAAUGUGACGAGGAGUCGUCCCACCAAAUCAUCAAGCGUUACGUGGAGUGGGGCGGGAACUUCCUGGACACGGCAGACGUGUACGGCAGGGGGAGGUCAGAGACCAUCAUCGGCAAGUGGCUGGAGACGUGAGUCUUUCCAACUCUCUCCUCUCUCUCUCACUAUCUCUUUCUGUCUGUAUCCCUCUCACUAUCUCUCUCUUUCUCUAUCUCUCUCUUUCUCUCUCUUUCUCUCUCUUUCUCUCUUUCUCUAUCUCUCUCUUUCUCUCUCUAUCUCUCUCUUUCUCUCUCUCUCUUACUCUCUCUACCUCUCUCUACCUCUCUCUCUCCCUCUUACUCUCUCUUCUAUUACUCUCUCUCUUACUCUCUUUACCUCUCUCUAACUCUCUCUAUCUCUCUCUAUAUAUAUCUUUCUCUCUUUCUCUCUAUCUCUCUCUCUCUUUCUCUGUAUGCCACCUGUCCCCAUCUCCCCCCCCUCUCUCUCUCUCUCUCUCGUUAUCAGUGUAAUAAUUUUUACACUCCGUCCAAUAUCCUCUUCUGCUCCUACAACUAAUAUCUGGUAAAUCAAUGACGCAAUCCUUUCGUCGUCUGCUGAUUUUCCUAGGCAGCCACGUGACAACUACGUCAUAGCUACAAAAGUUAGGAUGAACAUGGGCUCAGAGGGUAAUCAGAACAAUGUCGGACUCAGCAGACGUCACAUAACCGCCAGUAUCGAUGCCAGCUUAGAUCGACUGAAAACGAAUUAUGUGGAUCUGUAUCAGGUAAAAAGAAAAAAAAAAAAGGGGGAACAACUACGACAAAGCUAAAAAAGUUAGGAUGAACAUGGGCUCAGAGGGUAAUCAGAACAAUGUCGGACUCAGCAGACGUCACAAAACCGCCAGUAUCGAUGCCAGCUUAGAUCGACUGAAAACGAAUUAUGUGGAUCUGUAUCAGGUAAAAAGAAAAAAAAAAAAAAGGGCGAUACUGCCACAUUGAUUGACUUUGAGAAGCAAAGAAAACGAAUCUGAUAAUCGUUGACUUUGAGAAGCAAAGAAAAGGAAUCUGAUAAUCGUAUUGAUGUGUGUGUGUGUGUGAAUGAGUGUGUGUUUGUUGCUUUGCGUGUAAAAGGAGGGAGGGAUUGUCUGUGACAUUCAUACAACUUACCACAUGCCUUAGAAUAUGUUUCAUAAAAGACAUAGUUUCAGUUUCUGAAAAAGAUGCUCUAAACAGAAACCUAGGUCCAUCCGUCUACGUGAAGUUAUGAAACUGUAUUCUUUUGAAAUGAAAAGUAUGGCGUUUAUGCGAAUAACAUUUCAAUAGCCUAGAUCAUUUGUAAUUGUUAUUAAAAUAGCGACUUAAGCAAAUUUAUUUUUGGGCCAUUUUCCCUGACAGGCCCAUGCUUUUGAUGACGCCAUUAGUUUAGAGGAAACGCUGCGUACUCUCGACGACCUGGUACGAGCCGGUAAAGUUCGUUAUGUUGGUGUCAGCAACUUCACUGGAUGGCAGCUUCAGAAACUGGUGGACACCUCUGAGAAGUUGGGGCUUAAUCCCAUUGUUGGUUUACAGGUAAAAUAAAACAUAAAACUAUCCAAUAUUCAUCAAUGGGUAAAUGACAAAAUGUAAAUUUGUACAGCUUCUGUGGAUCCAAUUAAAAUGAAGAAUGGAAGGCAACGGUGGUCAAUGCAAGACUUGGAAUUUUAUAAACUUCAUUUGAAUAUUAAAAAAACAAGAAAUCUUUAUUUGAAAAAAAAAGAGCUCGGUGACUCGGAUGCGGAAGGAACACUGCCCAGCAAAAUCCAACUUCAACAGGCCAUAACACAAACAAGGACCCAAAGUGUCAGCCUUGCACACCAGCCUCAGAAACAAUGGAACUUCGCUCCCCAAAAGCUGGACCUUGUGGAAGCUAGAGCGGCAAUUUGGAAAAAAAAAAGGGGGGGGGGUGUCCUACGUUGGAAAUAUGUUGUAUGGCACCACCAAACAGAUAGGGUUUGUUGGCAGUGAGUAAGUCAAGGCCAUUAAGGCCCCACCAAGCAGAUAGGGUUUGAUCUAGCAACAAUACAAUCUAUUUCCCUCUCUGAUCAAGCAACAAUACAAUCUAUUUCCCUCUCUGAUCAAGCAACAAUACAAUCUAUUUCCCUCUCUGAUCUAGCAACAAUACAGUCUAUUGUGUAGGGAGGCAGAGUUUGAGCCGUUCCAAGUGUGUAAGAUGUCAGGUAUUGGAGUUCUGCCCUGGAGUCCACUCAAAGGGUGAGCUGUGGGUCUGCAAUAAACAGUCCUGUCCGUGGUGAUUUGUCUGUGUUUUUAGUUUCAACAAGAAUGAGAUGAUGAUGCUCAUGAGAACGUGUUUUGCUUGCUCAAUUUUAAUGCACCCCAACAAAAUCAAAAUACAGUAAAUCUACUGUUUUAUAUGUAAAUGUAUACGUCCGUAGUCACAUCAUAUUCACCGUUACUGUAGUGUCUAGCAUACAUCAUGUUUUAGUUCUUGCCGACAAAGUGCAAUCUGGCCACUAUAUUAACCAUGGACCUAAAAAUCGACCUAUUUAAUGUUGGAGUGCAUUAAAAUGUAAUUAUGCAGGGUUAAAAUAGAAUUCUAAUUUUUUUUAUUUUAGUUCUUGUCCUAUAAUUGAAUUGUCUCGUCGAAAUAACAAAAAUGCUAUGUAUUUUACUGUCCAAAUAUCAAACAACGGUUGCCAUUAUAUGACAAUGUUUCUCUACUUGGACAGAGGUCUGCUGACCGGAAAGGUCAAACGGGGCGUGGGGCCCACAGAAGGCCGUCUCGGAUGGGCAGCUGAAAAUGCCAAAAAGAGAAACCAGUCGGCUGCGACGACGCUCGGUUUAACGGACCGGGCGUUUGACAUCAUCGAAGCCGCAGAGGCCAUCGGUAAAACCAAAGGUGAGUCCUCGUCUGAUUGAAGCAAGCCUCUGGCUUGCGCUGGACUUUAAAUACCAUAAAGCUACAUAUGUCCAAUAAGACUAGUUUUCAAAUAGCGGAGUAUUUAUUUGUCGUAGGUUUAAAAUAUUAUCAUAGGUUUCAAAUAUCCAAGGUUUCAAGUAUCAUAGGUUUAAACUAUAACUGAUUUAAAUAUCAUAGGUACCAACCUUUACAAUUUGUGAUACCGCAAAACUAAAAUAUAUGAUUCACUCUAGAGUUCAAAUAUCAUAGGUUUCAAGUAUUAUAAUAUUCAAGUCUCAAAAUAACAUAAUAUGUCUCAAAAUAACAAUGGUUUCAAAUAUCCUAGGUUUAAGUGUCGUAGGUUGAAAAAUAUCUUACGUUUCAAAUAUAACUAUCAAAGAUCAUAGGUUCCCAAUCUGGUUUUUAACUCUUUAAACGGUUGUCAGCUAAUCUAUGACUCAAUCAAGAGGUCAAGAUCUCAGGUUUUUCACAACUUUUGUCCUUGUAAGCCGACUUUCGGGAGAAAACAUUUUGACAGCUAAGCAAGGGAAUGGGCAGAAGGGUAGGAGGACAGGCGGGAAUGAGGGUAGGAGGGCAGGAAGGUAGUGGGGUAGGAGGGCAAGAGAGUAUGAGGGCAGGAAGAAGGACGGCAGGAAGAAGGAGGACAGGAAGAAGGAGGGCAGUAGGGUAAGAAGGAAGGAGGGAAAGCGUGUAGAAGGGCAGGAGGGCAGGAAGGAAGGAGGGCAAUGAGUAAAUUACAUUAUCAUCAAUUGGCAUCUUUCCGAGAUUCUUCGGUUUUUUAGGAACUUUAGUAUCAAGUUCCAAAUACCAAUAUCCUUAAUUUCCGCAGGCCGCAGUGUCGCCCAGAUCGCACUCAGGUGGCUGCUCCAGAAGGAUGUCGUGUCGUCCGUCAUCAUAGGGGCCAGAACUCUGGCGCAGCUGGACGAUAACCUCGCGGCAAGCAACGGCUGGUAUCUGACCAAGGAAGAGGUGAAUGGGUUGAAUCGAUACCAUUGGGUGAUUUUUGGAGUGACUGGCGUAAUGUGUAGCGACGGCAUUGCUGGGGAAAAUGAAAUAGGAUUUUUAAUAAGGGAAAAUUGGGGUUUGUUGUAGGGUAGUGUUGGUUGCCUGCACGUUGUUUGUCACGUGCCCGUGUCUCACUGUGAGGUGAAUUUAGUUCUCUGGUUUUAUUAGCAUUCAUGUUUCAUUAAAGUCGGGGAAGUGGGGUUCAACCUGGACAUGCUAAGACACGUCAUUGGUGAAAUGUGGUACAAUAUGGACAUGCUAAGGUAAAUACCAGACGCUUCAUUUGUGAAAUGUGGUACAACAUGGCCAUGCUAGGGUAAAUACCAGACGCUUCAUUUGUGAAAUGUGGUACAAUAUGGCCAUGCUAGGGUAAAUACCAGACGCUUCAUUUGUGAAAUGUGGUACAAUAUGGACAUGCUAAGGUAAAUACCAGACGCUUCAUUUGUGAAAUGUGGUACAAUAUGGCCAUGCGUCAUUGGUGAAAUGUGGUACAAUAUGGCCAUGCUAAGACACGUCAUUGGUGAAGUGUGGUACAAUAUGGCCAUGCUAAAACACGUCCUUGGUGAAAAGUGGUACAAUAUGGACAUGCUAAGGUAAAUAUCAGCAUGUCAUUGGUGAAAUGUGGACAUUUGCGUACUGCUAAUUCCUAGAAUUUUUGUAAAUAUUUCAAAAUUAAAUAAAUUCUAGGACAAUUAAAGUUCAAAGGUGAGCCCCCCACCACUCACACUAUCCCUCACCACUCACACCAUCCCCCAACCACUCACACCAUCCGCCACCACUCACACCAUCCCCCACCACUCACACCAUCCGCCACCACUCACACCAUCCCCCAUUACUCACAACAUCUUCCAGCACUCACACCAUCCCCCACCUGAGUGUGGUAGGGGGUGGUGAGUGUGGUAGGGGGUCCACUCACACCAUCCCCCACCACUCACACCAUCCCCCACCACUCACACCAUCCCCCACCACUCACACCAUCCCCCACCACUCACACCAUCCGCCACCACUCACACCAUCCCCCACCACUCACACGCUUCGUUGGCUUCCUUGACCCAGAUGAAACAGCUGGAUGACCUGUCCAAGCCAAGCAUCGCCUACCCGUACGACUUCAUCUCCCUCUUCAAUGGUGACCGGAAGAACAGGAACGCCAUCAACCAGUACGUUGCCAGUCUAGACGAGUGAGCCUUGACUAUGUGCCUGACCUAGUGCAUUGUAUGUUUUUUUUUACUCAUACGUGGGUGGGGCACGCCGAGUCAAGGUGAUACCAGAAAUACCUUCCCCAUAUAGUGUAAACCAAAUACCUUCCCCAUAGAAUGUAAACCAAAUACCUCAACCAUAGAAUGUAAACCAAAUACCGUCCCCAUAGAAUGUAAACCAAAUACCUCACCCAUAGAAUGUAAACCAAAUACCUCCCCCAUAGAAUGUAAACCAAAUACCUUCCCCGUAGAAUGUAAACCAAAUACCUCCCCCAUAGAAUGUAAACCAAAUACCUCCCCCAUAGAAUGUAAACCAAAUACCUUCCUCAUAGAAUGUAAACCAAACUUUGGCAUGAUGACGACCAGGUGACACAUAACGAACAUACGACAUUGUAUGAUCAACAAGGGGUCAAUCGCAAAUUACGUCUCGCAAAAAAUGACCUUUUUAGACCCCCCUUCCCGGUCCUAAAAGUGUCGCAAAUUCUCCCCCACCCCCUCUUUAGUGUCACGUCACAUCUAAAAAAAAAAAUUCAUAAAAUUUUACAUUACUAAACUAAGAUUUUAUUUUUAUUCGUUUACAUUUUCACAUAAUGGUUCUAACUGUGACGCGAAACAAUGAAGUUCCCCCCCC